AUGAAAAUCAAAGCUCUCUCACGAUCCACGGCCUCACAGCAGGCGCCGGGGACUGCUGUGGUUCGACAACCUCGAAAUCUAGACCCGGCUCAGCAUCCAUUCGAACGUGCGCGUGAAUAUACAAGAGCCCUCAAUGCCGUGAAGCUGGAGCGCCUCUUUGCAGCGCCUUUUUUGGGCCAGAUGGGAGAAGGCCAUGUUGAUGGUGUCUACACUAUGGCGAAGGAUCCUGGCUCUUUAGAACGAUUUGCUAGCGGCAGUGGUGAUGGUGUAGUCAAGGUCUGGGACCUUGUAACGCAGGGCGAAGUCUGGAACAACACAGCGCAUGAGAACAUCGUUAAGGGAGUGUGCUGGACGCCGGACCGGAAAUUGCUCUCUUGUGCCGCCGACAAGACCAUCAAGCUCUUCGACCCAUAUAAUUCCUCGUCCGAUUCUCCCCCGCUCGCAACCUACCUCGGCCAGGGCGCUUUUACCAGCCUUACGCAUCACCGCGACCGACCGUUUUUCGCUGCGUCAUCUUCUCAGAUUUCGAUCUACGAUCUCUCGCGCCCCUCCUCUACUCCCUCUCAGACACUUCACUGGCCCACCAAUGUUGAUACUAUCACGUCUGUCGCUUUCAACCAGACCGAAACCUCCGUCCUUGCGUCGACUGGCAUUGACCGCUCUAUUAUCCUAUAUGACUUGCGCACAUCGUCACCGCUGUCUAAGCUCGUUCUGAGACUGGCCUCCAACGCCGUUUCCUGGAAUCCAAUGGAGGCAUUCAACUUUGCCGUUGCAAAUGAAGACCACAACGUUUACAUGUUCGACAUGAGGAAGAUGAACCGUGCCUUGAACGUUCUCAAAGACCACGUUGCUGCGGUUAUGGAUGUUGACUUCAGCCCGACAGGCGAGGAACUUGUCACCGCGUCGUAUGACCGGACAAUUCGGUUGUGGAACCGGGCGACUGGUCACUCUCGUGAUAUUUACCACACACAGAGAAUGCAACGUGUCUUUUCGGCCAAAUUUACUCCCGAUAACAAAUACGUCCUAUCCGGUUCAGACGACGGAAACAUUCGACUAUGGCGUGCUAAUGCGUCCGACCGCAGCGGAAUCAAGAGCGCGCGCCAGAGGACGAAGAUGGAAUACGACCAGGCUUUGGUCCAGAGAUACGCACAUAUGCCAGAGAUCAAGCGCAUCAAACGUCAACGCCACGUGCCGCGAACUAUCAAGAAGGCUCGUGAGAUCAAGGCUGAGGAGCUUGCAGCUAUCAAGAGGCGUGAGGAGAAUAUUCGCAAGCAUGCCAAGAAGAGUACUCUACGCGCAAGACAAAGCGAGCGUGAAAAGAUGAUUCUAACGCAGGAGAAAUAA